ACAAUCGGCCAUGAUACACAUAUAUAUAUACACACAUAGUAAAUCUUGAUCUAGAUGAAAAUAUAGAAUGGAAUCUCGUAUUAAAAUAUUCUACUUAAUGCGAAUAUUGCAUUGUGUAAGAUUCAGUCAUGUUAACGGAGACACUUAUUGUCCAAAUACUGUUCUUAUUUAAGAUAAAGCAUGAAGUUAAAAGCCCAAGAAUUACAAGAUAUUGACAAAGACAAGAAAAACAAAAGAUAUAUGACAUAAAUAAUGGAGAAACAUUUAAUAUACAAACAGUUGCAAAUUCUAAGUACUUGUAAUAAAGCUGUCAGGCUUACUUUGUUACUGUCACCAACAUAAAAUAUAUUUUCUACGGUUGUGUUCUUGGUUUGAGGUAACAAUGAACUAUGACACUCAACAGUAUACAUUCAGUCAUGGGUUGGCUACAACCCCUCAAGUUCAUAUACAACACCAUGUUCAACAGCAACAGUUUCAGCAACAGCAGAUUUUCCCACAGCAAUAUACCCAUUCUGUUCCAACAUCUGGCAUCUAUCAAUUCCAGUUUGCAGGGGGAAAUAACAUGUUUCACCAAAAAGAAACUCAUCCAUUGGGGCUUUCUGGUGGGAUGCAUCAUAGACUUGGGCAAAAUGGCAUGGUCACCCAACCUUACAUCAAACAAGGAAUGUCUUUUGGGAUAGACAGAAAUACAGUUCAUGCAGUCAGUGGGAUGGAUGGAGUGCUUUAUUUGCAGCAAAAAAAUGGUCUUAAGUUUAUUUCUAAUCCAGAUAAUAGGAUGGUGCAACAGUCUGAUGCAGCAUUUGGUUUACAGCAAGCCAUUGUUGGUGUAGACAUAAUGGGAAAUUCUAGCUUCAUUGAACAAAAUCAUGAUAAUUCUCUCAAUCAAACCUUAGGUGUCACUGGUCAAGGUAAUAUGUUUGCUUACAAUAAGCAGCAAUUUACAAGCUGGCUUCAACCACAGAAUAAUAAUACUUCAUCUAAUGAUUCUUGUCAAAGCACUUUGCCUCCUUUUAAUCAUUUGUGGUCGCAGUUUCAAAAUCAGAAACAAAUUGGUGUGGUUCCCCAACACCAUUAUCAUUCACAGCAGUUUCAAAAUCUUCAUCAACAGGCAAUGCAUACUCAGCAAUACGCAUCCACAAGUUUUCAAACUUUACCAAGUAUACAAAUGAUUAAAAUGCAACACCAAAAUCAGAAAUCUCAGCAACUGGCUAUACCGGUUUCUAUACCACCAACUCAAUCCAUGCCAUCACAACUUAAUUGCAUUUCACCCAAGAUGUCACCAAAAGUUAAAGAUACAGGCAAUAAUCGUAAUUUCAAUCAAGGAAAGGGAAACGCAUCUUUAAACAGUACAUUAUCGUUCGCAACUUCACACAAUGUAUCCUCUUGUGAUGAAAAGAAAUCUUCAACUGCUGUCACUUAUACAAUAUCAGGACCACCAAAAGUUACUGUUACUCUGGAUUCAUUGAACCACUGUGACACAUUCCCUGCGAACAAUUUUCAAGAAAAAUCUGUUUCCAAUUUUAAUCCUGACUUACUAACUCAAAAUAACCUUGGUGGUAAUUUAAAAGAAUCUGAAAAUAUACCUGAGAAACAUGUGUCAAGUCUUCAGCAUCAUUGGCAAAGUAUACAUCAAAGAAGUCAGUAUAUCCCCAAAAAAUUUCAUACAUCUUCCACAGGAAGUUCAUUAGAAAGAUCAUCUUCAGAAGCUUCUAAUUUUUCAUCACCUCCUUACAGCUUUACACCACCUAGCAGUGCAGAUUCAUUAUUCUCUCCUGUCCCAAUGAGUUAUUCAAAAGGAUUGACAGAAUGUUCCACAAUCCAAAUUCCGAUAUAUUCAUCUCCAGCUUUAGUUUCACUUGUAACUUCUCCAUCAGUACUUUCAAUGCAGUCUUCUGGUGAAAAACAGAACAUUUCAGCAUUACCCAAUUCUGUUGUUCCAAUGGCAUUAUCUGUAUCUUCAUCCAUUACAACUACAGUGACAUCAACUUUAGCAUCUAGUGACCAUCAUGUUGAUUUGACAACAACUUCAGUGACAUCAACUUCUCCUUGUUCCAGAGAAAAUGCCAGCAUAUCAGAUAAAUUACUAAAACACAGAAGUGUUGGAACUGAAAAGGAUUCAUCUUGUGAUUUUGAAAAUAAACAAAUAUCUAAUUUAAGUGCUGAUACAAAUAAAGUAAAAGUCCCUUUUUGCUGGCAAAGAAAUUUGGAAAAUGGAGUAAUAGAAUAUAAAAGCCCAAGUGGAGAAAUUCUUCAAUCAAUUGAUCAAAUUUGCAAGUAUCUAUUGAGUGACACUACAUGUAAAUGUGGCCUGGAGUGCCCAUUACAAGUGGAAACAUUUUUUAACUUUGAUCCUGAGAUUGGAAGUCAGCCCUGGAGUGUAACUACCAAUGGGGAAGAUUUGGGAAAUCUUUGCAAUCAUCGUCGUGAAAUUAUAGCUUUAGCUGCAUUUCAUAAUUCACGAACUAAUGUGGCUGAAAAACUAACAGAUAACCACCUGCAAGUUGGCAAGAAAAGGUUCAAGAAAACACUUUGUUCAGGAGAAGGAUUAAUUGUUUCUCCCUUAAAAAAACUUAAGACAAGUAUUACUCAAGCUGUCAACAAACAUGCAUUAUUUUCUGAGAAAAAAAAAUCAUCCCUUCAUGAUUUAGCCCAUAAAACAAAUUUGAAGCCUAGUUCUGCGAAUGAGACUUUACAUUUUCCAGAUGAAGAUUAUAGUAUUUUUAAAAUGCAACAAAAUUUUACAAAAACAGACUUCUCUUGCCAAGUAAAUCCCAUAAGCCAAUUAGGGCAAGCAACUUACCAAGAACAGAGUGAUGUUGAUGAGGAAACAAAAAAAAUUAAUUCUUCCAUUUUACUCAAUGGCAGGCAAACACAAACAUUCCUAAAUCAAUCACAACAUGCAAGUAAAGUUAGGUUGUCAUUAAAUUUAGAAGGAAUUAAAGAGCUUGAUGCUGAUUCAUCUAAAAGUAGCAGUAACCAGCCCAACAAUGCAAUGCAAAACCACAAAUCUGUGAAAAUUGCAAAAAGUGAUAAAUUGCAGAUGCAAUAUUUACAAGAGCAACAUAAUCUACAUCACUCAGCACCAUUAAUUAAUUCAAGUAUGUUUAGCAGGGAUCAAGUUGGAUUGUUAACUGCUCAACAUUCCCCGGAGAGAUUUGAUCCCACACUGUGGCAAAGUAAUUCUGCAAAUAGCUCUACAGCCUGUUCCCACCAUCAAAGUUCUAUGCCCUAUCCAGCAAAUUAUCUGCAUGCAGACUUGGAUCAAAGUCCAUGCCCUAAGCAUAGCACACCUCAAAUAACACAAUCUGGCAUUCAAGUCUGGUUAGACUCUAAAAAAAGUCCCAAGAGACUAAAGAAUAAAAGAGAUAAACGGAAGUUGGUAAACUCUAUUGCCAGUCAUAAUGGUUAUUGUAACACAUCCAUCAAUAAAGCAACUAAAUCAACUGUGAUAUCAUCCUCAUCUGUGUCAUUCUUUGAAAAUCCUACAGUAUUUGUUGAACAACAAACAGCUAUUAUAAAUAAUUCAAUAGCAUCCUGCAAAAUAGCAUGCUCAUCACCUAGUCCAAUGAAAUCUGAUUCCAGCAAACAUAAUUAUUGUGUUUCCUUGAAAAAGAACACUGUUAGUACUACAAAUUCUGAAAUUGAAGUAGCUCCAAAAAGUUUGUAUUUUUUAGAACAGAAAGAAAUUGAUAACUUAAAUGAAGAGCAUAAACUGCCAACAGAUUCUGUGGAUGUGGAUAAGGAAAAGAGUUUCACAGAGAUCUCAGAAAAUGAUUCUGCUUAUUUGAGCCAGACAGGAAGUGACAUUGAUAGAUCAGAAACAUCAGAAUCUUUUAAUGAAUCAAAUUUAAAUAGUUCUCAGGUUUGUCAUCUCAUACAACCUGAAGAAUGUGAUACAAAAUCAGCUUUAACCAAGGAAUCCUGCCCAACAUUUGAUAAGAGUGCAAGUUCUGGAUUAUUGUCUAAACUUGCUGAAACUCAAAGCACAUUGAUUACUUCAAAAUUGGAGAGAAAAAAAAUUAAAAUAAAGCCAAGACCUAAAAUUUUAAUGACAAAGGAAGAGUCCAUUUUAGAUCCUGAUUUAUUAAAAAAAAACCAUCCAAGUACUCUUAGUGGUGAUCUCUCUCAACUACUAGCAUGUAACAACUGGAAUAUUUCUGCACUGCAGCAAAUCUUAGCUCAGUACAGUUCAAGUGAUCCCGGACAGUUUAAUGCAGCAAUCCAGCAAGUUAUAUCUCAAGCAUCUUUAUCUGGUUUGGAGUUUCCUGCUAGCAAUUUAUUGUCUGCAGCUGCAAGGGCUCAAGUAAAUGUGCUAAACAAGCAGCCUGCUUUAAUAACCAGUUGUGUUGGCUCAUCUGCUUUAAACAGUGUUAGUGAAGCUUUGAUGCCAGCAUCUAUCAACACUGUAAGCAAUAGUGACCACAAAGUUACACUGUCAAAUUCUCUUUGUGGGCCCAUUUUAAACCCAGUCAUUCCUCAUCUUCAUCAACAUUCUCAACAACCUUCAACAUGUUUGCAACAAAUUGGAAAUAAUACUAAUCUAAUUGGAAAUAUGAUGCAAUUUCAACAACUACCUUCUGGCAAUUUUGCUAUGAAUAUGAUUUUGCCAGUGUGUUGUCAUAGUCAGACAUACACAACAGAUUCAAAUCUCACAGGUACUUUCACUACAGAACAUGAACUAAAAACAUCUGUUUCUGGGACUAGCUCUGUAAAUCCUUUAAUGGCACAAGGAAUUCUAGCAACAGUGCCACAACCAUCUGAUAUAGGGCCUCAAUUAAAAAUAUCUGUAGCCUCUGUGAUUCCUUCAAAUCUUGGCCCAAAUGUUGCCCAGUGUUCUCAAGAUACUAUGCUGCUGAAUAGCUUUGACUCCCGUAUGAUUAUGAACAAUUCAAUGCCACCAGUAUCUUUAUCUGUUGUGACAAAUGUAACAAAGUCCUUGGCACAAGUAGUACCUACCAUUGGCAUCAACCAGACAAUGUUUAACUCCCAACAGUUAGCUCAACAACUUAUGAACACACAGCAGAACACAGCUCAGAUUAUAAACUCUGCUGCUGCACCUUCUACCACUCAUAUGAUAAAUUCAUCCACUCAGGGUCAGCAGCUAGUAAGUUCAUCGCAGCAUAACAACCAGUUUUUAAGUCCUUCCAGUCAUGGCUCUCAGUUGAUAAACAGUGCGUCACACGGAACUCAAAUAAUGAGUGCACUUUCAGUACAAGGUCUUAAUAAUCAAUUAUUGAUUACAAAUCCAAUUCAACAGGUUUCACCAUCAAAUCCUAUGUCUCAACUUUCACCAGCAAUAGCAGCACAUAUUCUAACACAAGGUCAUCAGCAUUUGCAACAAAUGUCACCUUCUUUCCUUCAAAGCCAUAUUCAAAAACAGUCUCAAAACUCAUUAAUUAACAACCAAAGUAUAUUUGCUGGUGUUUCCUUACCAACUUUGACUGUUACUUCUGAUCACAGUGAUAUCCAGAAUUCUAUUUCCCAACCUAACAUUUUGAACAGUUUUCAGAAUGUUCACAGAAGUGAUGAACAAUUAGAAAAGGCUGUUGACAGGAAUAGUUGCUCUCAGGUAAAAGAAAGUAAUAUUACCUUGCCAAAUACUUCAUUGUAUGCAUCAGCAGGUCAACCUGUGUUUGUUAUACCUCAGCCAAAUAACAACCCUAUCAUGCAAGUGCUGGGAGCGUCACAGCUUAACUCAGCUUCAAAUUUGUCUGCAGACCUAACUCAUUUAAUUGGAUCAUCUUCAGCAGUUGAUCAUACAUUGCUUCAGAAUUUAAUCAAUGCAGGAUUUAGUCCUAUGAUGAAUGCCGUUAACAUAAAUGGAGUACAACAGCAGCAACAGUUUCAAAUCCUGCAGCUACAGCAGUUAUUGUUGCAACAAUUACAAAAUCAGGGCCAAAAUGUUCAUGGCAUUUCUCUACCUCUAAACCAAAAUGCUUCUGCAGGCCAAGCUACAAUUGGAGCUCAGGCUAUUAUGAAUACUGUAGUUCCUCAACAAAAUAUACAACUUAAUUCAGUAGUGGAUAUAAAUGCCAUACACUCUAGUCUUUCUCCAGUGGCACAAGGUUACCAGAACCAACUCUCUCCUGCAACAGCACAACUUCAUCAUAUUUCAUCUGCUUUAGCUGUUCACCAGGUAACCCCAACCAAUACUUGCGGAGCUGUAGGUGUGAUUCACAAUGGAGUCCAGAAUUUGAUGCAAGCACCAUCUAAAAGCUUUUCUUCUGUAGUAGCAACAGUCCAGUCACAAGAGAUACCACCUGACCAGGUAAUAUCCAUUAAUAAAAAUCAAACAAUAACUCCAUCAUCAGGUACCAAACCUCAGGAAUCAAGUGCACAUCAUGUGGUCAAUGAUAUUACAAAACAAAUUACUGUUCCUGGAACAAAAUCAUUGCAGUCUUUUAAAUCAUCUAAGUCAAAGUCAUCGAAGUCAAAAAAAUCUGAAAGUAAAAAGGCUGUUGAUCCAGAGACUGUAAAAAAUGAAGAAGAUAUUGUGGCCACAGUUCAGCAGAUUUUAGCCCAAGCUGUUCAACAGCAAAAAGAGUUGAUUUUAGCUUCUAAAAACCAACCACCUCCCCCCCAAAAAAGCAAAAAUAAAAAGUCACAUUUACGAUCAAAGACCAAUUUGUCAAAUAAGGAGCAUGAACUGGGUAAACUAACAAGUAUUUCUGAUGAUAAUGCAUUUACAAACUCUGAGCAUGCUUCCAUGCAGGAUAAAAUUUCCCAAGAUGUCACUAAUGAGUGUACAGAUAAAAUGAACAAUUCCAAGUAUAACCCAAGUGAAGUAAAUUGGUCAUCAAUAGUUUCUUCAUGUAAUCAAAACAAGUCAUCUUUAUUUCCAUCAAAUAGUUCCACACAUGUUAGAUGUUUAGAUCUAAACACACCAUUAAUCAAUUGUUUUGUUGCAGAACAUACCCUAAAUGAGACUUCAAAUUUGGUAAAUUCAAAUGUAAAAAAGUCUAUUUCACUUAAAGACCAUCUGUCUUCAAUUGUCUCAAAAGACAAAGAUGGUGUCAGUAAAAAAAGUGGGGGGAAAGGUGAAAAAAAUGUGAAAGGAAAUGUAGCACAAGAGGCAAAUGUACUCAGUUUGGCAAAAGUAUCAACUGUAAAUAAAGAGCUAGCCACAUCUCAAAAGGCACUUUAAAAAAAUGUUAAAUAAUUUAUUAUAAUUAAAGCUGCAUAAUUAAUUACAAUAUUACUGAUCAUUUUGUAUGCAUUUUUCUUCAGUGAAAGAGGAUAUUAAUUUCUACAUUUUGUGAUAAUUAUAUCAUUAUCCAUGUGUCAAUAUUCAUUCACUGCUCUUUUUUUUUCUCUACUAGCUUCAGUUUUGAAUGUUUCUACAAAAAUAAAUCUUGUUUUUCUCUUCAACUUUUAGUUUCCUCAUAGAACUAAUGAACACUUCUUGGGGACAGAUUUUAAUCUACAUCAUCACAUAUUGAGUUAAAGAAUGGAAGCAAGAAACAAUAUUUAAAUUGAAACCCACAAUGUCUACAGCAAAACUUGUGUUAUGUAUAUUUUAUAUAUUUGUAUGAAUGCAUACCUAUAUUUGACAAAUGAGUGUAUAUAUCUAUGAAUGAACAUACAUACUCACUUUUUUUUGUUAUCUAGCAUUCUUUUGGCCUAGGAAGUUAUGAAACGCUAUUGUUUUUAAAAAAGCUGUAUUUGUCAAACUCUGAUAACAAUUUGGCCUGAGCAAACAUGUUGUUUGGUUACUAAAAUCUGAAAGCCAGUUUCAAAUACUGCUAUUUUGAAACAAAGUUGAUACUUUAAGUUUUAGGAUAUUGAUUUUUUUUUGUUAAAUGUUUAAUUUUGCCAAACUGUUUUCAAUAUUUAUAAUUGUAAUAAUGUGAUUAUAACUUAUUUUAUUUAAACUCGUUGAAAUUAAAAAUUCUUUGAAUUUCAAUGACUACUCUGUGAACUAUAAUGAAAUUUUGUGUUAAUAUAUCUUAAGUUUAUUUAUUUUGUGCCAAAUUGGAGUAAAAUUUGCAAAUUGCAUGGAAAAAACUGUUUCUAACAUUGAAUUUAUGACCAUGCAAAAGUGUUCUAAAAAAUGCCCUAUUUUAAGUGUGAAACCUCUUUUUUUUUUCAUUUUUGAAGCCAAUGUGAUUUGCAACGUUUUAGAAGUGAGAUGUAAUUUAAACUUACCAAGUUUUAAUAAUGCAUGGCAAAGUUAAAAGGAUAAAAUAAGGGCAUUUUAUAACAUAAUUUCACACUUAUGAGUUAUGGUUAUAAAAAUGUAAAUGUCAUAGCACAGAUACACAGCUUAAUUGAUGAGUAUUUUCACAAACCGUGAUAAUGCCAUUAUGAACAAUUCUAAUUUAAAUAAAAGAGCUCAUAGCCUUGAAUCUGUGAUAAGUCCCUGUUACAUACUAAUUUUUUUAAAGACUAGAAUAUGUUUUGUCUAUUUAUCGGCUUCCAAUUUCCCUUUUGGUUUCUCUCCAACUUUUAACAAAAUAUAGUUAUUUGAAUGACUCCUUUGUUGCAUUGUAUCUGAAACCUUUUAAGGUAAUUAAUUUUUAGACUUCGUUGUUAAUAAGAUUAUCUUUUGUGAAAGACUUUCUCCUCAUCACACACAAUAUAGUGAAUGGGGGUGAGACCUGUCGAUUUCAAAAAACUUACUUUGUGUGGUACUACCAGUUAUUGCAUAAAAUGUGGUUGUUAAGAUAAUUGUUAGCUAGAAAGAAAUUUUUGUAUAUUUUCCUUUUUUUCCCACUAAAUAUACAUUAAUUGAUUUCAGUGGCAUACACAAAAUUUAAAUUUUACACUAAUUUAUUUUAUAACAAGUUUCUGAAAUUUUUUUUUAGUUUUUUGAAGAGGGUAGAAAUCUUUGAAUAAAUAAAAGCUUCUCAUUAAUAAUAUUAUCUUGGCUGAAGAUAAACCUUAAGAAUAAGCAUAAUAAAGAAAUGCUUUGUUUGAUUACAUAAUCAUCUUCCUUUAAAAAAAGUGAAAAGUAUAAUAUAGCUGUGAAGAAAACUUACUGCUGUAUUUUAAGAUGUACAUAAUUUCAUUUUUUAAUAUCCUGUUUGCCUAUUAUGAAGUAAUACAUAAUUUUCUGUUAAUAUUUGUCUCGUUUCAUACCUUUAAAUAACAUAAUAUAGUAAGUCAUGUAUAUAUUUUGUGACUACCUUAUACAGAAUGUGCUUUUAUUUGUGGAGCUAUCUUGCAUGCCCUUUUCUUUUGCUAUAAAUUUCUUAAUAGCUAAAUAGUUUUAAAAUAGACGUAAAACUGAUAACUAUAAAAUAAUUGCUAAAACAAAAUCAGGUAUCCUCUUAAAACUCAAAUGUUUACAAAAGUGAUUAUAAAAAGAAAUGUAAGAGUAAUUUACAACACCUGUCAAUUUUUUUAACCUUUUACUAUCCUGGUUACAUCUUUUCCCUUGCUGCACCAAGCAAAAGGAAAUAACACUUUUUUUUACAAUUGUUGCUUAGAGUAAUUACAAAAUCCAUGUGCAUAUUAAAAUUUUUAAAAAUGUAAUUCACAGAAAAAUGGAUGCAGAUUAUUAUGCAUUACUUUUAAUUAUGAUGCAAUGAACAUUUCAAUUUAAAAAGCAGCAUCGUAUGUAAUUGUGGAGAGAAAAAAUGGCCUACAGAGAACAUGCAUUAUCAGGCUCACAGGACUGUAAAAGGUUAAAAAAUAUAAUUAAGCUCAUGUAUUGCUUGUAAAAAAAACAAUGUCUAGACUGUUUUCAUGUCAUUUCCAUUUUUUCAUGUCUAUUGUAUUGUUAUUGUUUUCAGUUUUAAAACAAGGCAUUUAAAAGCUGUUGAUAUUUGACACUACAAAUGUAGAAUUUACAUAAAAGUUAACAAGUAUUUAUUGUUGUAAAUAUGUAGUAAAACAUUUACCAACUGUAUAUUACAUUAUGAUUUUAUCUUUCCACUGUAUUAUAAUCCAGAAACUUUAAAAAUGUAGACGAUUUUGUUAUAUUGCAAUGCAAAAAAUCCUUAGCUGAAGUAAGAAAUUAAAAUAUAUCCUGACUUGUUUAUUUUAUGUUGAUUAAUUCAAAUUAAUAAUAAUGAAAUAGGAAUAUGCCUUAUUCUGCAAAAUAUACUACUUUGUUAGUAAUAAUAGGCUUUGUCUAGAAAAAGGUUCUUUUUUGAUACACUGUGAAGAAGUAGUGUAAAGAACUAUUGUAAUUGUAAGCUUUAUAACACAUUGAAAAGAUACUUUAAGUUAUGGUCUUUCCCUUUUUAAAAAUAUCAAUUACAUUUGUUUAUUUCUAAUAUGUCUAAAAGGGCAGAAGGUGAAAUUAGAAAGUAUACCCCAUGUAUUAUCUCUGUACUGGUAUCAAAGAAAUUAAAUUACACAAGGAAACAGUUGUAACCGAUGGUCCUUUAUUUAAUAAUUGAAUUUGAAAAUUUGGAUUAAAAUUGUGUCUGUCAUGUUUAAGUAACAUAACAAGUAUAUGUACAUUCCACAGAAUCCUGGGCUGUAAAUUAUAUCAUUGUAUCAUUUCUUUUUAUUACUGAAAUAAUACACUUUAAAAAUUACCCAAUAUUUUCAAAAGAAAUUCAUAAAUGUUCCUUUUUCUUAAAGAGUUAAAAUAUAAUUUUUCAAAUAAUCAAUAAACAAUGGCUAGGUAUAUUUAUUUUUAAGUAAUAGUUAUGUAGAAAAUAUAAUGAAUAACAGAGUACGCCUACUGAUAUUUUAAUAAUGGUACAAGCAAAGUACAACUAUUCAUCAUUUUUAAAAGAUAGCUUACACAAGAGAAAAGUUGAAAAUUAAUUAAAUAUAAUUUUUUUACAGGUUUUAUAACCAUCUCUAGCUAAUGAUAGAGCACAUUCUUCAAUAUGAUUAAUAGAAAAGAUAUUUAAUUGAAUAUAUUCUUACUAAAUAUAGACUAUGCAUAAGAGGAAAAUUAAAUCAUAAUUUUUGUUAAAUAUUUUCAAAAAACAAAUGAAAGUUUUUUUCAUAAGUGUAAUAUGAUAAGUUUUUUUCAUAAGUGUAAUGUUUUUCUGCUUAUUUCUUAAAGAAAAUAAGUCAUUAAUUUUAAAAUGUGUCAUUUAGAUAAUAAAGUACUGCUAUUCUCAUAAUGGCUGUUACAUGAUGUAGCUGUUUAAUAGUUAUAUUUGUACAAUCUAAACAUAUUCUAAAUCAUUUAGAAGUAUGAAUGCUAAUUGCUAAAUAAUGAAGAUUAUAUAUAUGAACCUUUCAACAUUUAUUUGGUAAAUAUUCUCUAUAAUAACUGUUUAAGAAUAUUCAAUUUUAUUUACUAUCACCUUUAAAUUUGUUUUAAUAAAAGAAUGUAGUAUGAUAUGCUCAUAGAUCCAAAAAAGUAUGUUCUAGUAUUGAUAUAUAUAUAUAUGUAUAUAUACAUAUGUGUGUGUGUAUGAAAUCAACAGUUACUUAUAACUCACAGUCAUUGACCAGUUGACAAAGUCUAAAUUUAAAACCUUUUUUUUUUUUCACUUUUGACGAGAAAAAUUAUACAAAAUUGACUUACUUGGGUUUGAAGUUUGCUCAUGAAAAAUGAUUAUGGUCAAUAUGAAAUAACUGUGAUUUUUAAAAAUCUACUUUAAAAAGUUAAUGUGAAGGUAUUGUAAAUUUAUGAAAAAUAAACUGUUCUACUGCAUUAGUGCAUUAAGUAAACACAUUUUUUACUUUUAAAAUUCAAACAUUUUUCAAUUCUCAAAAUUCUUUUAAAAAUAAUUAGGUGAAGAUGCAUAAUUUUAGUUUUAAUUUUGUUCUUCUAUUAGUUUUCAUCAUAAUGCUGAUGCAAUAUUUAUUUGAAGUAGGAUCAAAAGAAAGGAAUAAUUGCCAAUUUUGUUUUCUCCUUUUUAUAAAAAAAAUUAAUGAAAUCCUUAUUGUAAAUUUGUAAAUUGCACCUUGUAAAAAGCAUUUGAAUGUUAAAGUUUAGACAUAAAGUUUGUGCCAUUUAGAUUGUGAUUUUUAUUUCUCAUGAGCUGCAAUUAAGUAGUGCGCAUUGUAGUUUACAUUGUGAUAAAAUGAUUAUUAAUCUUUAUUUACACUUACAUAUACACACACAAUGUUAAUUUUGUAACUUGGAAAUAUAUGUGCAUGUGUAUAUAAAAAGCUCUUGAAUUGUACCAUAGUGUAAAUAAAUUUUAAAAACUACUUUUGGAAAUUGAAUGUAAAUUAUGCAUUAUAGUGCUGUUUACUAUUUAAACCACUUUAUUAAUUGUAAUCCUUUCGUUUAUUGUUGUGAAAACACAUUUUGUGUACUGUGAUGAUUUUGUUUUCAAAAGUAAAAAUUUUCUGGACCAUAAAAAUGACCUUUAUUUAAAUCAAGUUAAUAAAAUUUUAGUGUCAAGCAUUAAAUUAUGAUUAAUACAAAAUCUGGUACAUAAAAGACACAAAUAAUAUUUCAAAAGCA